GUUGGAAAGUGCGGGUUCUCGUACGAGGAGCGAGAAACGUAAAACGAAUCGUCUCGCUACCCGUCAAUCGACAUGAGAUCGUCCAAGUUGCAUUCGCUGCUUCUCGUCGCGCUCGCUUUUUCCGCGGCCGCGGCGCAGGGAACAGAGAAAUCGGAAAACACGCCGUGUAUCGACGACAGCAGAUUCUAUCGGAACCCCAAUUCGCCGGCUAGCAACGUAUGGUCGCCGGCAGAGUGCGCCAAGUAUUACCUCUGCUUAGAUAACGAAGUGUUCGAGUUCAGGUGCUCGCAAGGGCUGUUGUUCGACGUUUCCAGGCAGAUAUGCGACUUCAAAGCGAACGUCGACAACUGCGACGUGACCUCAGAGAAGCAACCACCGAGACCGCUGCUCGGUGACGGCGAUUGCGAUGAGAAGCACUUGGCUUGCGGCGACGGUACGUGCUUUCCGGCUGCAUACUUCUGCGACGGGAGCGUUGACUGUCCCGAUGGCUCCGACGAAGGCUGGUGCGAUACUCGAAACGACACGAACGGCGCGUUACCCUGCAAUCCGAAGGAAUGCCGCCUGCCCAAUUGUUGGUGUUCCGAGGACGGGACUCGAGUUCCCGGUAACCUGACGGCGUCUACGAUCCCGCAGAUGAUAACCGUCACUUUCGACGACGCCGUGAACGCGGAGAACUUCGAGAUCUACGCCAAAAUAUUUCCCGACGACAGGCGGAAUCCGAACGGAUGCCCCGUGAGAGGCACUUUCUACGUUAGCCAUCAGUACACCAAUUACAGGGACGUGCAGUACUUGUGGAAUGUCGGGCACGAGAUCGCCGCGCACUCUGUCACGCACCGUGGACCCGAGAACUGGUGGUCGAAGAACGCCACUAUCGAGGACUGGUUCGACGAGAUGGUUGGCGUGGCGAAUAUCAUUAACAAAUAUGCUGGAGUUAGGCUCAAAGACAUCAAGGGUUUAAGGGCGCCCUUCUUACGCGUCGGUUGGAACCGACAGUUUCUGAUGAUGUCGGAAUUUGGCUUUGUCUACGACUCGUCCAUGCUGGUUCCGUUUUCCGAUCCGCCAAUAUGGCCGUACACAUUGGACUACAAGCCACCGCACGAUUGCAUAGGUCCCGAACAACUCUGUCCAACUCGCGCGUAUCCGGGCAUCUGGGAGCUUCCGUUGAAUCAACUUCUGGCAGGUGAAUACAUUUGCACGAAGAUGGACUCGUGUUCGCCGAAUUUAUCGGGCGAGGAUGUGUAUAAAAUACUGAUGCUGAACUUCAAGAGGCAUUACCUCAGCAAUCGUGCCCCGAUGGGUCUGCAUUUGCACGCGUCCUGGUUCCGAAAUCCAAUGUACUUUUACGUGUUGACUAAAUUCAUGGACGACGUGCUUCGUUUGAACGACGUGUAUUUCGUGACGAGCCAUCAGGUGAUCGAAUGGAUGCGCGCGCCAGUGUCCUUAAACACGAUCGAGAGUUUCAAGCCUUGGCGAUGCGACAAGCGGCAAUUCCAGCCGUUCGAAAUUGCUUGCGACUUACCGAGCAGCUGUAAAUUACCUAGCAGGGUGCUCAAGUCGUAUCGUUAUUUAAAUACAUGUUUCGAAUGCCCCAAAGAAUAUCCAUGGUUGAGGAACGAGUUUGGAUUCGAAUGACAAGCGUACAUAGUAUCCAGUAAUUACCAUGCCAUGUUUAAAUUGUAAACGUUACGAGACAUAGUUGCGGGAAGUGCAACAAUUUUAUACGCGGAGACAGAGUGAAAAUUAUUUAUUUGAAAAUAUACCUGCAUUCACGCACACACACAUUUAUAUA